UAUCAUUUCUUCUGAACGAUUAGUUGUUGUUUGACUCGACUGAAAUUUACUUUUCAUUCAGUAUCAUUGCCGGAGUAUUCAGUACUUGUGUUUAUAUUAUUUUAGGUUGUAAUGUAACUUUGAUUGGAAUGUCAUUAAAUUUGAAGCACAUAUGGUGAUCAUGACCGAUGACAAGGAUGCAGAUGAUCCAAAAAUUUACAAUAAUGAAACUACUAGUGAAGUUGAGCCAAGUCAAGAAACAGAAGCGGAUUAUUAUGCUUUGAAAAAAUGGGAGCUUGGAUUUUUAAGGCAAGAAUGUGUCAAUCUGGGACUUGAGGUGUUCUACAAUAAGUACAUGGCUAGAGUUCAACGUAGUUAUCUGUCGAUUUUUGUUGUUCUCCAAACUUUUAUCAGUAUAGCUCAUGUAGUGGUAAUAGUAACAGGAGAUCAACAUCCGACGGCUGCCAUACAUCCCGAUUUAAUUUGUUACACUUUUGGAAGCCUAAUAGUCUGGAUUUCUUUGUUUGCCGCAUUUAAGGAAAGGCUGAUAAAAGCUCAUCCAUGGGUACCAUACGUAACUUCAUGCGCUGCUAUUUUCACGCUCAUUGUAACCGAUAUUAUGAUCCCUCUUUAUCACGCAGUAGUUACCUUCAUGAAUCCUCCAUUAAGGCCAUCAUAUGCUAGUCACGUAAUAUUCGCAAUUUACAUAUUUCUGCCACUAAGCGAAAACUAUAAUGUAAUUAUACUCGGUGGCGCUACCACCAUAUGCUAUUUGAUAAUAAUGGCAUUGAUUACCUAUCGUUUGGAAUCUGAUAUGAUCAUUAAAGUCACAACUGAACUAAUUUAUUUCUUAUGCCUUAAUUUAUUUGGACUAUAUUUUCGCUUAAUUAAUGAGGUAGCUAUCAGACGAACAUUCCUCGACCGAAGGGAAUUGGUCGAAGGAAAUCUUCUUUUGAAAUUUGCAAGAAAUCAGGAGAAAGAAUUACUGCUCAGCAUUUUGCCUGAGCAUACAGCCGAGUUAAUGGAAAAAGACAUUCGAGUGAUGAUUGAAAAAAUGCGCAGUGGACAUCAUAACAACAUAAAUCCACAUAAUUUUUUCAGAACCGGAACUCAAUGGCGUUCUAUUAACAAACUCUAUGUGCAAAAACACACCAACGUUACAAUUCUUUACGCGGACGUGGUCAACUAUACAUUUAUCACCACGCAGUUACCAGUGAAAUCCUUGGUUGAUGUACUUCACGAACUAUUCGUCAAAUUCGACGAGGCUGCUAAGGAGUUCAAUGUGCUUAGAAUAAAGUUUUUAGGCGACUGCUACUACUGCGUUUCGGGUGUCCCUAUCAAGAACAAACAUCAUGCGAAAAGCUGCGUUGAUUUAGGACUACGAAUGAUUAAAGACAUUCGUGAUGUGCGGAUGUCUAGAGAUCUGAACAUAGAUAUGCGUAUUGGAAUUCAUUCAGGCAGCAUAAUUUCUGGUGUUAUAGGAGCGUGCAAAUGGCAAUAUGAUAUCUGGUCUAGAGAUGUUAUUAUAGCAAACAAAAUGGAAUCGACAGGAGAAGCUGGGAAAGUGCAUGUGACAAUGCAAACGUUAGAACUACUGGACGGAGAGUACAUAUAUGAGGAUGGGACAGAUAAAGCUAAAAGCGAUCCUGUGUUAGUGAAACAUAAUAUACAAACAUUUCUAAUAGUUCCACAGUUUUGCGAUGAUAGUAAUUACUACACAUUGACGGAUACAGCAACGAGCAGCCGGUUGUCUGUCGGGGUUAAAAGGAAAACUAUUCAAAUAAAGAAAGAACGAAGCCAAGUAACGCGAAACUUUAUGCAAAAUUCAAUGGAGCAAUUCCGUGAAAUUAUGAAACAAACUAACGUUGAAAUGGCAAAAGAAUUAGAUCGGAUGCCGAUAGGUAAAUUUCAGUUUAAUAAAAUAUUUUCGACGAGUCGACACACAAUUCAGCAUCAAUCAUCAGCUUUACCAUAUUAUUCCAAUAGUUAUACAAACAACGAUACAAUUAGUGACAGUCGGUUAGACAAUUUAUCAACAUUUUUCAUGUGUUUUGAAAAUAAGCGCUGGGAGUGGUUAUUCAUGAAAGAACCAGAUCUUAUGCUGAAGUAUAGUGUGCUGAUGAGUUUUAUAGUAUUUGUAUGUAUUUUUCUAACACAAGUGCUCGACAAGGCAUCCGGAAUCUAUUUUUGGUUGGUUAUGGGAUUAUCUGGAUUGAUAUUGUUUUGUUUCAUACCAAUAACCUGGUUUAAAAAAUUGUGGGACAUAUAUACGCCAUACUCAUCUGAAGAUUUGCUGCGGAUCAGAAAACCCAGGAAUACAGUUCUACGAAAGUUAUAUGAUUUUUCUGACAGUGUCAUGAGAAGUUUCACCUUUCGAACAAUUAUCUAUCUGGUUACGAUAUGCAUAUUAGUCACUUGUUCAUUAGCAUACUUGAUUGAAUGCAAUUACGAUAUCAUUGAAAAAGAGAAGGAUGAGACUGUACAUAAGGAAUCGCUUCUCAUAAAGGACUUUUGUUCCAACUCAUGGUCAGUCAGCCAAUGUUUGACGCUAGCUAUUGGAAUGGCUUUUUUGUUUCUACGAAUCCAUUAUCUGCUAAAAGCAGUUUGUGGGUUAACGAUCCUGCUAUUCUAUGCAUGGGCUAUAUUCGAUGAGUUGCAUUAUAUUUACGAUAACAGCGCCAGCAUGAACCCCGGAAUGAACUCUAAAGUAGCACAUUUGUUGCUAGUUGUAUUCACUGUAAUAGUUUUCCAAUGGAUUGAUCGUCAAUCAGAAUACAUCGCGCGAGUUGAUUAUAAUUGGAAAAGACAGCUUCUCAAACAAAAAGAAGAAGCUGAGGUUACCAAGCAAACUAAUAAAAUCUUAGUUGAGAACAUACUACCCACACAUGUUGCCGAAAUAUACAUAAACCGCCAGUUAAAAAACGAAUUCUAUAAUGAGGAAUACAAAAAUGUAGCAGUAAUGUUUGCAACAAUCACAAACAUGGAUAUAAAUACAGACAUUUCUGUGGAAAACGAAAAAAGCGUGCUAAAAGUUUUGAACGAAAUUAUUUGCGACUUUGAUGAAAAAUUGCAAUACUUUGACGGUUACCUAAAAGUAGAAAAAAUAAAAGUUGCUGGAUGGACAUAUAUGGCAGCGUGUGGAUUAGAUCCCGGUCGAUGUGAUUCGUCGUCUUCACUCGGACCGUACCGCUCAGUUUCAGGCAUCACGCGAACUUCAUUGAUGACCAACGGACGAAGAAGUUUGAAUCCCAGAACUUCAGAUUUAUCACCUCAACUCCCCCAUAGAAACAAUUCUAGCACAAGGCACAGUAACAAUGUAACCAUCGUAAUGACAGAAUUUGCAUUAGAAUUGAUGAAAGUUCUGCGUGAUUUUAGUAUAGAAAAUUUUAAACAAACGAAUCCGGGAUUAUUGAGAGUAGGUAUCUCCAAUGGAAAAGUGAUGGCAGGAGUUGUCGGUUCAAGCAAACCAUUGUAUGACAUAUGGGGAAAUGCUGUUAACAUGGCAUCCAGAAUGGAUUCCACGGGUAUCCCUGGAAAAAUUCAGGUAACAAAAGAAAGUGCCGAAAUUAUUCAAAGUUAUGGGUACCAGUGUGAAUACAGAGGUCAAAUAUUCGUAAAAGGAAGAGGAAAAAUUCCAACAUAUUUCGUCAAUGUUAAUGACAAAUACGAACUGGUGAAAUCCACAUCUACUGAUAACGUCUCAACUAAACUAUAAGAAACGGACGGCGAUAAUAGGCCAAUCUCUCCUAGCUGUGAACUUGUCUAUGUGUGAGUAUUUCGAGAUUUUGACACUACCUUUCUUCAUGAACCCUCUCAAGUAUGACAAAUGGCAAACAAUCUACACGUCACGAGUGCCGGCAAGCUGAUUGAGAUCGAGCAAUAUUAUAAUAAUUGAUAUUUUCGUCAAAAAAAA